GGCCUGAAGGCAGUAGAGCCGAGUGCAAACCUGAGGGUGUUUGGGAAUUGCAAGACCUGGUGGCAUACGAGGAUAAAGGCCCGGAUUCAGCCUCAGAGAGUGGAAGAGGUGGCCGGAAUGUGGGAUCAGAGGCUGGUAAGGUUGGCCUUGCUGCAACAGCUUCGUACUAUCUAUGGCAUUAAGGUUAAGGGUGGCCGUGGAAAGUGCGACCGCAGGAGACAGGCAACAGCAGCUGCGGAAAUACGGGGGAGAAUAUUUGGAGUACCUUUUAAUGCCUUGCCCCAUUCUAUUGUACCAGAAUAUGGACACAUUCCAAGCUUUCUUGUUAAUGCUUGUACAUAUUUAGAAGAACAUAUUCAUACUGAAGGACUUUUUAGGAAAUCAGGAUCUGUUAUUCGUCUGAGAGCACUAAAGAAUAAACUGGAUAAUGGAGAAAGUGCCCUAUCUUCUGCACCGCCUUGUGAUAUUGCAGGACUUCUUAAGCAGUUUUUUAGGGAGUUACCAGAGCCCAUUCUCCCAGCUGAUUUGCAAGAUGCACUUUUCAAAGCUCAACACUUAGGAAAAGAGGAGAAGAAUGCAGCUACACUGAUGCUGUCUUGCCUUAUGACUGACCAUACAAUUGCUAUUUUAAGAUAUUUCUUUAACUUUCUCAAGAAUGUUUCGCUUAGAUCUAGUGAGAAUAAGAUGGAUAGCAGCAAUCUUGCAGUGAUAUUUGCACCAAAUCUUCUUCAGACAAGUGAGGGACGUGAAAAGAUGUCUGCGAACACAGAAAAAAAGCUCCGAUUACAGGCUGCUGUAGUGCAGACUUUUAUUGAUUGUGCAUCAGAUAUUGGGCGUGUACCAGACUUUAUCCUGGAAAAGAUACCAGCUCUGUUGGGUAUUGAUGGUCUCUGUGCUACUCCUUCAUUAGAAGGCUUUGAAGAAAGUGAAUAUGAGUCUUCUGGGGAAUGUAAGAGAAAGCGAAGACAAAGUGUAGGAGAAUUUGUUAGUGGAGCACUUAAUAAACUUAAAUCUAACAGAACACCUUCAUUUACGCCUCAGCAAGAGACAACUGCUCAAGUGUCUGCUGUAUCACCAGUCAUUCUUACACCAAGUGCUAAGCGUAAACUGCCAGUAGAUUCUGCUCAUGGUUUUUCAAGUAAGAAGAGGAAAUCCAUCAAGCACAAUUUUAACUUUGAGCUAUUGCCAAACAAUCUCUUCAGUAGCAGUUCUACACCAGUAUCAGUUCACUUUGACACAAGCCCAGAAGGGUCAUCUCAGAACUCACUCACUCCUGGAGCCAUCAGUGGCGACUGCAUCAGCACAGGUGUCCAAAGAAGAAGUAAAAGGAUUGCAAACAAGAAAGUUUGCAGGGUAGAAUCAGGAAAAGCAGGCUGCUUCUCUCCUAAAAUCAGUCGUAAAGAAAAAGUUCGAAGAUCUCUGCGUUUGAAAUUUAGUCUGGGAAAAAGUAGCAGAGAUGUAAAUGUUUAUUCAGAAGUCAACAGACAUGAAAAUGUUGGUCGACGACUUGCAAAUCAACAAAGUUUAAAAAAUGGGAUUGAAUCUGUAAAAACAGGUCUGCUUUUUAGCCCAGAUGUUGGUGAAAGAGUGACACGAAAAGGCUCAAAAAAGAUCAGUAAAUCAGAGGAAAAUUUAUUAACUCCAGAGCGCAUAGAUGGAACAAAUUACCGCAUGUCUUGGACAGGACCUAGUUCAAGUUUUCAAGAAGUAGAUGUAAGUGAAACAUCUCCCAAAAUAAGAAGCCUUAAAAUGGAAAACUCUUCUGUGGACUCUGAUCUUGCAGCUGAAAAGUCAUCUGUUAUUUCAUAUGAACUCACUGCUUCCAAUGUAGACAGUUUGGACAGCAAACAUGAUAACAGUGUAUCUGGAAACACUCUUAGUGGGGAUGAAAGUACUUUGACCACAGAGACUUUAGUGAAAAUCCAGAAAGCAUUUUCUGAAUCUGGAAGUAAUCUUCAUGAAUUGAUAAAUCACAGGCAAUCAUCAAUAACUAAUGUGGAGGAAGGAGAAUCAGAUGAACUAGCCUAUGUAGAAUAUAGCCCAGAGAAAAACUUGUUUGAAGCUAAUGAUUUGACAGUGAUAGAAUCAACAGAAAACUGUGAACAUCGUACUAAAAAAGAUGAAAACAGUCUUUCAGAGAGCAGCUUCUUACCGUAUCAAACUCAAAAUUUGGGCAAAGAAACAACUAUGACAUGUUAUUCAACUCAGAUGAAGAUGGAACAUGAAAAAUGUGCUUAUUCAGGUACACCAGAAGAUAAUGUAAGCAAACAAGAAUUCCCUAGUGAGGAACAAAUAAAUAAACAUGAAUCCCCUAGAUAUGAACGAAAUACUAAAUUAAAAGAGAGUGAGAAUUUGACUGACGAAGACUUAAAGACACGCACAGCUUCUAUGACGGACAUAGCUAAAUCAUCUUCUUUAGAGCACAUUACAUGUAAUAUAAAAAGCACAUCAAAUCCCAAGCCUGCGAGAAUCGUUAAACAACAGUCACUGGUGGAAACACGUGAACAAACGGUUUCAGAAAACGUACAAAUUACAGAGCAUACAAAGGUUUCAGACCACAUACAAUGGUUUAAUAAACUUUCUUUAAAUGAACCAAAGAGAACAAAAGUUAAGUCGCCUCUCAAGUUUCAACGUACUCCUGUUCGUCAGUCUGUCAGACGAAUUAAUUCUUUGUUGGAGUAUAACAGACAACCCGUCAGGUGUAAGUUGAUGAGCCAUGAAGAUGCUGCUUCUCCUCUGGUUAAAGCAGUAAGCUGUGACAGCACCCUUUCUUGUAUUCAAAAUGUGUCACAAGGUUCCUCUAGUAAAGGUAACAAAGCAAAUUUUGAAGAACAAAACUCUGCUUUACAGAAACAGCCAACUGUUGAUGUGAUUUCAAAAUCAAGUGUGGAGUUAACCUCUAAGUCUUUAUCAACGAUGAAGAUGCACCAAGACUCAGUGAAUUCUUCUCUUGGGUCAACUAGAAUUUGUAAACAGGAAGUGAUAUCUCAUGACCAAAUUAAGGUUCCUUUGGACGACUUGACUAAUUACGAUAUAUUAAAAUCUGUUGUAAAUAGCAACGUAGGCUUUUCUUCUGGGAUAAAUAACAGAGUCCUUAGGAAACCAUCAGAAAGAGAACGAGCUUGGUAUAAAGGUUCUCCCAAAAAUCCAAUUGGAAAAACUCAGCUAUUACCAUGUAGACCUAUAGACUUGUAA